AUGACGGAUGGCACAGGGGCCGCAGAGAGCCUCAUGGAGGCCAGGCGCGUUUACAGCGAGCAGGCCACCUUGGUACAGGGCCCAGCGUACGCCGCCUCACAGCAGUUGUUCUUCGAGCAGCGCAGGGUUGCCAAGCGCGGCCCCCCGACACCGGCCUUUUCCUCAACGGGGCUGGCCACCCCAACCGGAGACACCUUUGGCCCAACGGCCCCAACCGCCUCAGGGAGUACUCCGCCGGCAAAGCAAGACACUGGUCUUUUCCAGCCCAUGCACUACCAGCAGGAGACGGCCUUUGUAGCCACAGCCCACUCCGCCGGUGUCAACGCAAACAACCCGACAGAUAUGGCAGCAUUGGUCUCGCUGGACGAUAGACUACUACGCCAAUCCAAGGAGUUAGCCUGGAUGGCUUCAGAGAACAGAGCCCUCCAAAAGCAAAGUGCUGCACUCAUGGUCAUUUUGACCGGCUGGGAUACGAGCAUGUCGCCCUCCGAACGGCUCUUCAUGGUCAAUUGGAUGCUCGAGCAGAUCACCCACGUCCAGGCCUUCUUGCAGCAGAGGGGGUGGGCCAACUUCGACGGCGAGUACAAGUACCUCAAUGUCCUCUCUGCAGACCCGUCUACUCCGCCGGCAGGGGCACAGAAGUGGAGCUCGGUAACGCUACUCAGCUUCAAAUCCUGGGACCUGAGAAAGGCGUUCAUGGAGGCAUAUGGUGGCACUCAGGGUACCCCACUGUACAAGGAUGCGCGCACUCCAGUACCUCGCCACCAUAUCAGGGCUACACCUUCGAGCCCCCAAUUCCAACGAAAGUUGGAAAUUCCAAUCCGAGUACUCCUCCAAGCCCUCAACCUCAAGGAGGAGACCGAGCCCCGCCAGGUGGUGAUCUUGUGGAAGACGCUCACGGUGAUGUCGCCCCAAAUGGCGCGCGGCUUUGAUGAGCAAGCCACCGCCUGCGCUCGCCUCCACUACUACGCCGAGGGGGAGCAGUUCAAAGGCAUCCUCGAGAUCACAAAGGUCAUCUCCGACUGGCUUGCAACCACUCCGCCCGAUGAGUUGAUGACAGAGGAGGACACGAUUUGGUCCUACAGCUGGAACAAGAUCGUCUUCGGGGUCCAGCAGGAGAUGGAUGCAGCAGAGCGCGACCACUUCGCCAACGCCAAGGCUGCAGCAAAGGGCACGGGCAAGGGGAUGCUUGCUGGAAAGGGGUCCCGUCACUGGACGGCCCCGAUGAUCUACUCCGCCAGCUCGACGCCGUACCCGAUCGACCUCGAGAUCAGAUUGGUGUCCCAAGUGGCCUACGUUUGGGAUGAGUAUUGUGAUAAGUUUGGCGAAAACAGCCGCAAAUGCGGCGACUACCGCCAGGCUACUUUUUCCGGAGCCCCGGUUGCGGCUACUCCGCUUCUCACGGCCCCCACGGCCUGA